AUGGCUUCCGUUUACGAACACAAUCAACAAAAAAGUGUGAUGCUUGUUUCAGUGCACGCUAUUGGUUCACGAAACCCCAUGACAAGGCUGGCCAGACGUCUUGUUUUGAAAGGCCUCCAUGUCACUCUCGCCAUCAAUGACCUUGCCCUAAAAAACCACUCUUCCAUCGUCGGCGGCGUACACCUCGAGUAUUUUUCCGACGGCCUACCUGAAGAUCACGAUCGACUCAACGGAGACAUAGAUAUCUUCAUGAGCUCACUGCGUAAGUUUGGACCCGGAAACCUCUCCGCCUUAAUCGGAUCAUGUGGUCGAAAAUUCUCAUGUAUUAUAACCAUGCCUUUUCUUCCUUGGGCGGCUGACGUCGCGGCGGAGCUUGGGCUGCCCUGCGCCAUGGUUUGGAUCCAAGCGUGUACAGUUUACCAGAUAUUUAACUGUUUUUACAAUCGAAUCAACGAAUUCCCAACUAAAAAUAACCUUGAAAAUAUGGUCGUGAAUUUGCCUGGGGUUCCAACGCUUCGAGCGGAGGAUUUCCCGUCUUUUGUUAUUCCGGCGAAUACGAUGUCAACGUUCGAUAGCAUAUUGAAGGAAGUCUUUUGUAACAUUCAAAAGUACAAAUGGGUGUUGGGGAAUUCGUUCAUGGAGCUUGAGAAAGAUGUGAUAAAAGCAGUGAAUGACGCCGGACUUCCGUUUUGGCCUGUAGGACCGAUUGUUCCGGCAACCUAUUCAGGGGAGGAAGACACAAUCGACGGCGAUCUCAAGGGUUUAACUCCGUUUAAAUCCGCCGGCGGGAGUAAUUGUUUGGAAUGGUUAGACAAACACCCGCCGGCGUCAGUUGUUUAUAUCUCAUUCGGAACACUCCUGUUUUUAUCCCGGAAACAAAUAGAAAGCAUAGCAACUAGUCUGAAAAGCUCGAAGCGACCAUUUCUCUGGGUGGUGAAGCUGCCGGAAAAUCAAGAAGCUCAAAAAGUUGAGAUCUUGGAAGAGAUUAAGGAACAGGGAUUGAUCAUGAGUUGGAGCCCACAAACAGCAGUGUUGUCACAUCCAUCAGUUGGGUGUUUUGUAAGUCACUGUGGGUGGAACUCACUGAUUGAAACUAUAACGGCCGGUGUUCCGAUGAUUGCUUGUCCACAGUGGACUGAUCAGCCAACGAAUGCAAAGCUUGUUACCGAUGUUUGGAGAAUCGGUGUGAAACUAAAGAAGAAUGUAGAAGGGAUUUUUGAUGGGGAAGAAAUAGAAAGAUGUGUGGAAGAGGUUCUGACUGGGUCUAGAUCGGAGGAAUUCAGAAAGAACGCGGCGGGAUUGAAAAGGGCGGCGUGUGAGGCGGUGGCAGAUGGUGGCUCGUCGGACAAGAACACUCAGUUGUUUGUAGACGCAGUGUCGUCUUCUUGCUCAUGA